UCCGUCACAAUGGUACUGAUACAAAUCUUCAGAUGGCGCUUUUUUCCGUCUCUGUUGUUUAGCAUUGCCGUGAACCGUCUAGGGUACAUGGUCUGUGCUUGAUAUUGAUAUUCUAUCCAUCUCGGUCACGGCCUUAAUGUUGGUUUUACUUUACAUCAAUUUAAUUCUUUAGAAUAGUGGGGAAACAAUAUUUAAAAACACUUAUUACUACAAACUGAAUCUUAGUCGGAGGUAUCAGUGAAAACAAAUUCACCUUGUCCAGAAGAAUUACCAAUUCCAUGUUUAUCUUCCUUUGAAACUUGAUAAUGGCUACUGAUCAAUGUGGAAAACCAAUUAAACAGGAAGUGGAAUAUCUUGGUGAUGAGAAUGAUACCCACAACUCUGAAGAAAAAUUUAAUACACUCCCAGGAAUUACUUCAAAAAAUGAAUUUGGGCCAGAACAGAUCAAAAGUGAUGUUAUUGAUAUUGUUUAUCAUAAUCUGAAAUCUGAAAGUUGUCUGGAAGAAGUGAAAGAAGACCAACAUUGUGAUGAGUGUGGAGGCGGCUUGCUUAGUCCAACAGAUUUUUUCAGCACAGAUACUUUACAAUCAUGUAACUGCCAUGCAAUGAGAGGUGUUGAUAUGACUCUGGAUUUGAAACCACUUAACUUGGGCUCAGAUUCAAGAAUCUUUUUCCAUGAAACCCAUGAAGAAACAGUUAUUGGGAAGGAAGAGGAGGUUAUCAGUGAAUAUAUAUCAUCAACGCCACAUGAAAAACUAUUUGCUAUCAAAAAUGUUCAUUCUGUUGAACAUGAAAUGGUACAUAUAACGGGGAAGAUUGAUGAAUUUAGUUCAGGAAACUGUUUGAGUUCAGUUAGAGAGAGUAGAAACGAACAUUGCUCAAAAAAUUUGAAUGAAGGAAACAAUGAGAAAUUGGUUGGAAACAAGUAUACUGAGAAAUUUCCAGUGUCAUCUAUUGAUAGUAGUAUUUCAAAAAAGACUAUUGACUCAUUUCAGUGUAAAAUCUGCUUUAAAUCAUUCAUUCAAAAUAAUAGUUUGAAAAAGCAUGAAAUAAUUCACACUGGCAAAUUUCCAUUUCAGUGUAAAAUCUGCUCUAAAUCUUUCUCUCAAAAUGGUAAUUUGAAAAGCCACGAAAAAAUUCACACUGGCGAAAAACCCUUUCAAUGUAAAGUCUGCUAUAAAACGUUCAUUGACGAAAAAAGGUUGAAAGUGCAUGACAAAAUUCAUACUGGCGAAAAACCCUUUCAAUGUAAAGUCUGUUUCAAAUUCUUCAUUGAGAAAUGUACAUUGAAGAUGCAUGAAAGAAUUCAUACUGGUGAAAAACCCUUUCAGUGUAAAAUUUGCUCUAAAUCUUUCUCUCAAAAUGGUAAUUUGAAAAGCCAUCAAAAAAUUCACACUGGCGAAAAACCAUUUCAAUGUAAAAUCUGCUAUAAAACGUUCGCUGCUAAAAGAAAUUUGGAAGUGCAUGACAGAAGUCAUACUGGCGAAAAACCCUUUCAAUGUAAAGUCUGUUUCAAAAACUUCAUUGAGAAAUGUACAUUGAAAUCGCAUGAAAGAAUUCAUACUGGUGAAAAACCCUAUCAGUGUAAAAUCUGCUCUAAAUCUUUCUCUCAAAAUGGUAAUUUGAAAAUCCACGAAAAAAUUCACACUGGCGAAAAACCCUUUCAAUGUAAAGUCUGCUAUAAAACGUUCAUUGACGAAAAAAGGUUGAAAGUGCAUGACAAAAUUCAUACUGGCGAAAAACCCUUUCAAUGUAAAGUCUGCUAUAAAACGUUCAUUGACAAAAAAAGAUUGAAAGUACAUGACAAAGUUCAUACUGGUGAAAAAUCAUUUCAGUGUAAAAUCUGCUCUAAAUCAUUCAUUCGUAGAGGUGAUCUAACAGCACAUGAAAGAAUUCAUACUGGCGAUAAAACAUUUCAUUGUAAAAUCUGCUCUAAAUCAUUCAAUCUUGGAAGUUAUUUGAAAAGCCAUGAAAAAAUUCAUACUGGCGAAAGACCAUUUCUGUGUAAAAUCUGCUCUAAAUCAUUCAUUCGUAGAAGUGAUUUGAAAAUACAUGAAAGAAUUCAUUCUGGCGAUAAACCAUUUCAGUGUAAAAUCUGCUCUAAAUCAUUCAUUCAAGGAGGUAGUUUGAAAGCACAUGAAAGAAUUCAUACUGGCGAUAAACCUAUCAAGUGUAAAAUCUGCUCCAAAUCAUUCGUUCGUGAAAGUGAUUUGAAAAGACAUGAAAAAGUUCAUACUAGUGAAUAACCGUUUCAAUGUAAAAUUUGUUCUAAGUCGUUCAGUAAGAAUGAGUAUCUGAAAAUACAUGAAAAAAGGCAUACUGACAAAAAAAAUAUUUCGCUGUAAAAUAUGCUGUGAAUCUUUCAUUAAAAUAAAUCAUUUGAAAUUGCAUGAAAAAAUUCAUAAUGAUUAAAAAUCAUUUCAUUUAUAACAGCGACAGUAAAAUAAAACAUUGUUGAAAAAGAA